AUGCUAACUCCACAAAAUCAAACACAAGGUUAUAACCAACAACCAAACCAAGAGCAAAAUCACCGACAAAAUAUGUACAAUAAUGGUGGUCAAUUCUAUCAAGGUUAUGGUGGUAAUAAUAACCAAAUGUUUAAUGAUCCCAUUCAAAGCAACAUGUACACUAAUUCUUCAGCAAUGAAUGGCCAACAACAACAACAACCUAUCAAUUCAUUAAGUAACAAUCAAUAUGGUUCAAAUGGAUUGUUACUUAAUAAUCAUACCAAUAUGAAUCAAUAUGAUUUUAAUGCUAAUUAUAGUAAUAAUAAUAAUAAUAAUAAUAAUAAUGGUUAUGGUAUGAACAAUCCUUAUGAUCAAACCAUGGUUCAUCCUAUUAGUAAUACAAUGGGUGGUGGUAAUCAACAAUUGCUUUUGAAUUAUAAUAGUACUGGUAGUAGUAUGCAUAAUUAUGGCAAUACUAAUCAAAUUUCUAUGAAUUAUAACCAACCUAUGAAUACCAAUAAUAAUUAUGGUAAUCCAAACAACAAUACCUAUUAUAACACUAUGAAUAAUAGUCAAAUGAUGAAUCAACAAAUGACUAACAUUCAAAUUGAUCCUUUGAGAAUGAAUCAAAGAAUUAGUUCAACUCCUCAAACACCAAUUGAUAACUUUAGUGAUAGAGAAGUAUCACCUAGUUCUUCCACUUCGUUUGAUUCAACAUCUAGUGCCGUUGUAACUGAAGCUGUUCGUAUUGUAUUCCCUCUUGGUGUUGAUUUUAAUGAUGUACUCUUCAAUAUCAAGUUGACUGUUCCAGAAUUAGUUGGAAACAUUCUUAAUGAAGAAAAAGUUAAACCUGUACUCACUACCAAUAAGAAGAAACAACUUAUUUGGGUCAAUAUUUCAACAUAUGGUAUUGCCAAGAUAAUCAAAGAAAAAUGUUCUUCCAUCAAGUAUUAUAAUGAACCACUUGAAAUUACCAUUGACAAUAAGCCAAAGAAAACUGUUGCUGGAGUUUAUUCUAUUGAAAUUCCAACUGGAAUCAAAGCAGUUGCCUUGGAUAAAUUCUUCAGUGAUGACUUGAGAAGAGAGUUAUCACAAAUGUCUGGUGGUACAAACAAUUCAUUUGAGAUCAAAGAUAAGACAAUUACUUUCAAAAUUCAACCAACACAACCAAAUAUUCAAAAUGUUCAACAAUAUUUACAAAAUCUUGUUAUCAAGUUAUUGCAACCUGCAAGAUUCGUCGAAUUUUAUUAUGAAAAUAGCAAUGAAAAGAAAGACCAAGUUCAAAAGAAAUUGCCACCAGGUGUAUAUUUAUAUAUUGAAGAAUCCAAGAAAAAUUUCACUACUUGGCACUUAACUUCAUUGAGUGAUAUAUAUAACAAUCAAUUAAUUAUUGAUUUGUUCAAAAUUAAGUUUUCAAUUCCAAAGGAUGAUUUUGAUGCUACAAAAAAGGAAUUGUUUAACAAAAAUAUUCAAUUUAAAUAUACCAAACAAAAUGAAAACUUUCAAAUUGAAUGUACUUUGAAGAGUGAAAGUGAAUACAAAGUUUUUAACAAGAUUAAGAAGGGUGAUACAAAGAAUCCAGUAACUAUAGAAACUACACAAUAUAAGUUCUUGAGAAAGUUCAGCUCUCACUUAUUAAAGAGUGGCCAAAUUGAAUUCAAAUGCAAGAGAGACGAAAAGGAUGCCAGUAAGAUGAUCGUAUUAAAUGUACCUAAAAAGGCAAGACAAUUAUUGCAAGCAGAGCUUAAGAAAAUUAAAAGUGUUAAAUUGGAAUUACAAUUUAUCCAUGCCUCUUUGAAAGAAGAUGUUAAAAAGGAAGGUGAGAAAUAUUUUGAGCAAUUAACAGAAAUUCAAACUGCCUCAACAGUUUUGGCACCUGAAAAGUCAAAGAACAUUAUUAUUUUAUUUGCUAUUGUUGAAAAUCAAGAAAAUGAAAUGAAGAUUAGAAAUGAAUUGAGUGAAUUGUUGAAAGGAAGCUCUGAUAUUGUUCAAGCAAAACAAGUCAAUGAACAUUUACUGAAAAAGGUAACUGUUAAAACCAAGAUUGACAAGUUCAAGAAGGAUAUUUCAUCAAUUAAUGUUGAUUUUGAUUCAAAUAAGAAGACUUUUUAUAUCAAGGGAUUAAGAGAUGAAGAUGUGAAGGAAGUGAAAUCAAGAAUUGAAUCUGAACUUUUGCAAUCAAAAGAAAAGAGAAUCAAAUUGACUUUUAAUAAUAUUAUUGAAAAGAAUCUUGCAUUACCACUUCUCAAGUCAGUUCAACAAAAUAAUGUAAAGAUUUUAGAACAAGGACUAUCAAUUACAUUAGUUGCACCAUCUCAAGAUAUGUACAAAUUCAUUGACAAUUCCUAUCACAGAGUAAUGAUGGAAGUGAGAAAGAAAGUAUUGGUUGACUUUAUUAGAAUGCAACAUGAUGAAUUCAAAUUCUUUUCAGAAAAGAAUAUUGAGACAAAGGGUAAGGUUGUUUUGGAAAAGAAACUUGACAGUGGAAUCAAGGAAGUUCACAAAAUUGAGAAUUCAUUUAUUUACAUUUGUCAAGGUGACAUGUUUGAUAAGAAAUGGAAAGCUCAAGUACUUGUUAACAGUGCAAAUGACCAAUUGGCACAUGGUGGAGGAAUUGCUGCUCAAUGUUUAGAGAAAUGUGGAAAACAAUUUGAUCAAGAAUGUAAAAAUAUUACCACCUCUCUUAAACUCAAACCAGGUGAUGUAGUUCCAACAACUGCUGGAAAUCUCAGUUACCUCUCAAAGAUUUAUAAUGCCAUUCCUCCAAUGUAUGAUUCAAAUAAUCAUCUUAACUCAUGUAGUUUACUUGAACAAACAGUUGUGAAUAUUUUGACUCAAGCAGAAAAGGAUGGAUAUUGUUCAAUCAUUAUUCCUGCACUUUCAUCUGGAAUAUUUGGAUUCCCACUUGAUCAAUCAACUGAUAUCAUUGUCAGAACAAUUUACAAAUAUGCACCACAAUUAUCAUGUUUGAGGGAAAUUAUACUGAUUGGUGAUAUUAAUACAGUUACUGAAUCAUUCUCAAAAUCUAUCAACUUAUUACAAACAGAUCUAGUCUAUACAUUAGAUACAAAGAAUGAUUCCUCAUUUAUUGAAAUUGAACAAGAUGAAUAUGUUGGAUGUUUCAAAUAUUUUGAUGAUAUCAAAAAGAUGUAUUUGCCAUUCACAGUGAAUGAUAAUCGUAAAUUAUGUCAAGAAUAUGAAAAAGAUCCCAAGUCAACUUUCAUUUUGAAUGCGGAACAAGGUAAAAAGUACCAAAUUGACUUUGACAAGAUGGAACAAAUUGAAAAUUCUUCUAAAUUUAAGAGAAAGAUUAUUUAUGUUCCAACAAUGGAUACUGAACAUUUGACUGCUUUAUGGCUAUGGUUGGCUGAUGAUAACAAGACAUGGAAUCCUUAUAGAGAAAAUCAAAUGAAAGAAAUUGAAAGGAGCUAUAAUGAAAGAAAUACUGAAUGUAAUGUACUGAUGACUAAUGAAAAGUAUACCUCUGAAGAUAUCAAAUAUUUUGUGAAAUUCGAUUACCUUAAAGAAGAGCACGUUCAAGUCAACUCACAAACUCAAUAUGUAAGAAGAGUUAAGAGGAUACCAAUUCAAAAAAUUGUGAAGUGUAACAUUGAUGUUGCAUCAGAUUUGAAUAAGAAUUCCAUCUUGUAUGUUUAUGAUCAAGAUGACAAUCAUUACACAUUUGUGAGUGGAUCUGCUCAUAACAGAAUACUAAUUACUGAUACUGUUCCCAUUCAAAUUGUUAAAUCAGUUAGCAAAACUAAAUAUGCAAGCGUAACUGAAUCUGUUUAUUCAUUCAGACUUUAUGGAGAAGCUUCAGAUGUUCAAUCAUUCGAGCUUAAUUUUAGAAAUAAUAUCAAAGAAAGCUACAUUACCGAGUCCUUAACAAAAUCAUGUAACAAGUUUGUAAUUGAUCACAUUCUAUCAGAACAUGCAUCAAUGAAAGCAAAAUUUGAUAAUGGAAUGUUAAAGAUUGAUAUGAACGUAUCACCAUUUACAAUUACUGGAUUCAAGUAUACAGUUGACAAAUUUAAGGAAUAUGCUCUCUUGACCAUUGCUGAUAAACCUGAAUUGUUGAGUAAAUUCAGUUAUCCUCAAGAUUGGCAGCUUCAAACUUCAAAUGUAAUUCUCAUCAAUUUAUCUCAAUCAAGUAAUGAAUGGAAAAUGAUCAAUGAUAGAAUUAAAUUGACCAUUCCAAAUGCAGUGAUUCAAAAUAUUGAAAAAGUUCAAAAUCAAUUGGUUUAUCAAAGUUAUAAAACUGAACAAGAUAGAAUCAACAAGAUUAAGAUUGAUUCAAAUGGACAAUAUUCAACCGAUCCUCAAUUAUUGUUCCAUGGAACAAGAAGUACAGAUCCAAGCAUUAUCUAUGAUGGUCAUGAAGGAUUUGACAUGAGAUUUUCAAAUACUGGAAUGUGGGGAAUUGGAUGUUAUUUUGCUGUCAAUGCAAGUUAUUCUAAUGGCUAUGCUUUUCCCGUUCCAGGUACUAAUUACAGAAAAUUUUUCCUUGCUGAAGUGUUAACAGGUGAUUUUCACAGUUGUAGUUCAAAUAGUAAUAUUAGAAUUCCUCCUCUCAAGCCAAACUCUGCUGUAAGAUAUGACAGUGUGAAGGGAAAUACUGGUGGAAGUGAUAUUUUCAUUGUUUACAAAAAUUCACAAGCUUAUCCAAAGUAUUUAAUUACCUAUUCACUCCAAUAAUCGAAUACAAAUAAAUAGUCUUUGUUUU